AAGUGGACAUCGCCUCUCUAUUUGGAGUUGUUUCUACCAUCUUCCGGCAGAAAUUCGAAGAAGGAGAAGUGUUACUCUUGAUUACAAAACACUGAUAAUGCUGCUCAAGCAAAGAGCUGGUGAUGCCAAAAAAUAUAUCAAUGAACUUUGCAAGCAAGGAUUGGACACAGAGUGCUGUGUAUUCUGCAAAGUUAUUAAGGAAUGUGCCUCUCCUGAUGUUCCUUUUGGGGAAGCCUUUGCUGAGUGUUUCCUAAAGAGCAAAGCAAAUAUUGGGGGAUGGAAGGGGUUAAGAGAUGACUUGCUCUUUCUCCUUGAAGAGGAGCCAUGUGAUGUUAAUUUAUGUGCUCUGCCUGCAGUGUAUGACAUUUUAAUUUUUAAAUUCUGUGCACCCAUUGAAGUAAGGCAUAGUCAACAUUGUAUCAUUUAAAAAAAUCUAUUUUCUUGAAGUCUUA